CAGUCCAGUAAGGAUAUCGAACUUUCCACAAAAGAAUCUCUCGUAUUGGCUGCAAUGUGUGCAUUCGCUGCAUUCAAUCUUCACAAUGCGGAUAUAAAAACGGUGGUUCACGUCUUCACCCUCGUGCCUGCCAUCAUAUUCACCUUCAGAAUUCUUUCUAUCAACAACGAUCACAGUACCAUCAGUGUGACAGCCGUGGCCAUGUUUUGGAUGUACUACGGUAUGGGACUGAUUUGUGACGUACUUUUUGAUGCCGACGAAAGUUACGCAAUUAUCCAAUUUGUAUUGGCUAUAGCAUUGGGUGUGACAGCAUAUCGUGGCAGUCCAAUACCGCGCGAUACAGAAAGCGAAUACUUCCGGACUAUUCGAACUGGUUCCGAAACUGGCGUGACUAGACGUGGAUCUCCCACCCUAUCGACGAAGUUGCAGCCUACGCAAUGCAGUAUCAGUGCUCUCUCAUCUAUGACAGCGCAACGUAUCACUGAGGAUAUUGUUGAGCAACUGAGUCGCGAUGUCCUAGCCUUACAGAACACUCUACUCACGAUGUUAUCAGACACGGAGACUGCAAUGGAGAUAUUCCCGAUACACUCUCCAAGACAUGGUGCAGCUGGGUUCUUCAAUGAAGUGGCUGAUGGUUCAGUGAUUCUCGACUAUGAUGGAUUGCUUACCAGACCACAAAGAACUCUUCGAUUCGAUCACACUAAAGACACGCAGUUCCUCGAAAUUACCAACGUUACCGGGCAAAAUCUUAAUUGGACAGUGAAGACCAAUGCAGUCUAUGAGAUACGUGCUCUGCCUGCACAAGGAAUCCUGGGCCGAAAUGAAAUGACUACAAUAGCAGUGAUCCUAAACAGUGAUCAUGUGAUCCUACCUGGUACUGACCACUUCAAUGACAAGCUCGCUAUCGAUUACCAAACAUCUGGGAGUUUUCGUGAACAACACAAAAGGCAACGAAUGGAAUCUCCGGCAAAGAAGCGAUAUCAAUUUGAUAUUCUAUACAAUUUCUAG